CCCGGGGCGCGCGACCUCGCCAAUCAGGUCCAGAGCGCAUUUAACGCGCAACUCAGACUCAGGUGCCUUCCCGGCCUCAGACCUAGGCGCGGAUCCCGGACGCUGGGACAGGCCGCCCGCAGACCACGCCCGCCACGCUCGGGCCGCGACGCCCCCCGCAGGACCCGACCGCCAGCCCGGGGACCCGCGCCCCGCGCCCCGCCGAGGCCGAUGCCCACCCGCGAGCGCCCCCAGGCUCGCGGCUCCCCGGGGAGCCCUUCCGGCCCCGGGCCCCCGACACUGGUGUCUCAAGGCCACAGAGCCGGCGCCCGCCGCCCUCCGUGCCAGCCCCCGCCCGCGCCCCACCAGGCCCGGCCCAGGAAGAUCGUGUUUGAGGAUGAGCUGCCGCCCCCGGCCCUCCCGGGUGCCAGGAAGCCUGCUGUAGCCGGGCCGAGGGGGCAGACAUGCAGGCCCCGCCUAGUACCCGACUACGAGCUUAAGUACCCGCCGCUGAGUAGCCAGAGGGCUCGGAGCCGCUACGUCGCCGUGUUCCAGGACCAGUAUGCCGAGCUCUGGAAGCUCCAGUGCGAGGUGGGCGCCACCCAGGCCAGGCUGCAGCAGCUGGCAGCGGUGCUUCGCUCCCUGCCUCCGCCCCGAGGCCAGGAGGAGGCCCGGGCUGCUGCCAGAGUCCGCCGCAAGCUGGAGGAGAAGCACUGGGACCCAGGCUUCCUGCACAGGCAGGCACGCUGUUGCUACCUAAAGGGUAAACUGAGGCAUCUCAAGACCCAGAUCCAGAAGUUUGAUGACCAAGCAGACAGCGAGGGCUCUGUGUACUUCUGAGUGUCCUGACAUGGGCACAGGAGGCCCCGACCCUCUCCCCACCUGGCCAGGGCGGCCCUCGCUGGGUGACCCUGUGGGACCCUGGUCUCAGUCCCAGUGGAAUAAACACAUUGCCUGCUCUGUGCGGCCCCCUAACACCUGACUGCACCCAGUUGUCACCAAGUCUGUUCUUCCGUUUUCCAGGGGAGGAAAAAUAAAAAAUGAGAUCCCAAGAAAGGGCCUUGUUCAGGGCCUUGG